UGUGCAAAGUACUGUCACUGGACAUUUUUGGCAGAACAUUUGUUUCAUAAUAACAGGGGUUUUUUUUUCCAGUUACCCAAUCUUACAGAGAGUUGUUCCAGGUUUAACUGGACAGAAACAUCGUGCUGUCAUUUACAGCUACAAUAAUGGAGUCCCUGCCGACAAUUGGUCAGCUCCUGCAAACUCUCAGGGAAAUGGGCUUUACUGAAGACCAAAUACAGGCUGCCAUACAGGCCGGAUGCUUCUCUGUUCCAGAGGCAGCAGAAUGGCUUUUGCAUGACGGGAGUCCAAGACACAGACUGGUGAAGCAGUCGCAGUCAUCAGCCAAUGCAUUCUCUGCGUUUAACCCCCCUAAAGAUGUCCCAGGCUGUAGCACCUCGGCAGCUACGCAGUCCGAAGGAACAGGUCUUUCUUUGGUGCUGAAUCCUCCUGCUUUGGCUCCAAAAUCAGUAAAGGAGCCCCCACCUUUAGAGUCACGCAUAAAACAGGACAGGAGCAACUUCCAGGAGCAGCAGAGACAGAGGUUGGCAAAGGAGGUUCAGGUGGAGAGGAAACAAAAGAAACAGGAACGGGAGUUGAUUCUGAAGAGGAUAGCAGAAGACCGGAACACUCAGCAGGAGAAGUCCCAAACGUCCCCACCCAAGACUCAGGAACAAAGGCUGGGCGCGCGAGUUCACACCAGCACUGACAACCAGUGCAUCCUCAUGAUUCGCCUCCCGUCUGGUGCAUCCAUGCGUGAAUGUUUCCCAGCAGACUCUUCUCUUCGCAGCGUUGUGGAACACAUUGCUGCUCAGCAUCCAUCUCUUCCAGCCUUCACCCUUAUACAGGGUUUUCCUCGUAGACGCUUCUGCGAGACGGAGCUCGCCUGCUCCCUACGUUCCUUGGGGCUAACUCCGAACGCAGCCCUUUGUAUACAGACCAUACGCCCUGUGAAUCCCCAGGACACGUCCAAGCCUACUGGCCAAUUGGCUAGUGAGCAGGCAGAGGAAAAGCCUGGUUUACAGCCCAAUGAGUUGCCUCUCCAGCAAGAGGCAGCAGGUUUGGAGCUAGCAGUGCCACGACCCUUUCCACACCAACUCUGGGAAGAAGCAGCAGAGCAUGCUGGGAUACAACCUCCACACUCAGGAAUUUCUCACUGCUGGGGGCGAGGCCAGCGUCUGGUGUCUGGUGAAGCUGAUGAUGACCAGCUGGGGGAGCCGGCAGAGCCGCUUUUCAACGGUGUGUCUCCAUUGCUCCUCUUCCCUGAGAACAGGAUCAGAGGUGGCCUGGAGCCUCAACAUUUCUGGCCAGAUCAGGGAAACAGACUCAGGGAGCCUGUGGGUGAUGACCCAGCAGCCCCAGAAGAGAGCAGAAUGAUGCCAGGACAAGCUGCAGCAGAGCGGCUCCAGCGAGCAGCUCAACAAGAUGAAGGACGGGCCCCAUCCAGACAGCCUUCGCCACCAAAAAAAGCCUUCAGGACCCCCAGUGUGCCCUCGCUUUUUGCACUAGCAAGAAGAGCCACAGUCUCUCUCAUGACAGCUCCGAGGAUGCAGUACAGUAGCAGUCUAGCUGGCCUGACCCCAGAGCUGGCUGAGCUGCUGUUGAGCCACAUGGCAAGCGAGCGUCUCCUGCGGCCACGCACCCUUGAGCUGUUCUUUGGCUGCCCACUCCGGAUGUUUGUCCUAAACAGCUACCCAUAUACCACCAAUGAGCUACUACGACAACUCAGGGCUUUCACAGCCUUGAAGCACCUCAGCCUGGUCAACUCACCUCUCAUCACUGAUGCUGCACUCUCAGUAUUAUCCAACCUGUUGAAAUUGCAGCAUCUGAACCUGUCCUCCUGCAGCAAACUCACCGACUGCUGUCUACAGCACAUUACUAACCUCAAGUGUCUGUCUUUCCUGGCACUGGAUAAGACCAAAGUGAGUGAUGCAGGGCUGCUGAAGUUCUUGCAGUCUUCCCCAUCUGUGCUCUCCCACCUCAGUCUGAAUGAGACUGCCAUCACCGACACGACGGUCUCGGUGCUGCCUGCCUGUGUGCCUCAGCUCCGCAUACUCAGUAUCGCACGCACCACGGUGAGUGAUGUGUCGGCUCUAGUGGAGCUGCGGUAUUUACAGACUCUUCACCUGGAUGGUACGAGGGUAAGGGAAGACUCUCUCCAAGCCAUUGCUACUCACACCAGCUUAUUGGCUCUCAGUCUUGCCUCAAUUCCUGUUGCUGAUGGCAACCACACACUGGAGCUCAUUUCUGGUCUGAGAUUGACCCAGUUAACCCUGCCUGGGCGCCUCUCAGUGACUGACGCUGGACUCCCAUACCUCUCCAAGCAGACCCUGCUGUCUGAGCUCGACCUGACUGACUACACACAGCUCACUGACCAGGGUAUCAGCCAACUUGCCAGUAUGACCCGGCUGAAAAAGCUGUCGCUAAGCAACACUCAGGUGAGUGAUGUGGGGCUGACCAGCCUGAAGUGUCUAAGAGAGCUGCUGGAGCUCUGCUUGGACCGCACAGGUGUCACCAGCCAAGGUGUGGCUGCUCUCGUCACACAUCUGCCAUAUUUACAGGUAAUAGGCUUGGCCAGGACACGUGUGGGAGAUACAGUACUGAAACGGGGUCUUGUUCACUGCACCCAACUCCUUAAGCUCAACCUGAGCAGAACUCGCAUCACUGACAAUGGGUUGAAGUUCCUUUAUCAUAUGAGACUGAGCCAGGUGAAUCUGGAUGGCACUGGUGUGACUUUGCAGGGUAUUGGCGACUUAAUCGCCACUUGUCCUCAUUUGACCAGUGUCCGAGCGAAUAACAUCCGCACCAUCCCCCCGGAGCAGCAGUCUGACGACGAGGACGGGGCUAAUUACCUGCUGCCAUGAAUCAAUCCUUCAGCACUGUUCAGCAUUUAACUCAGUCUAAAUCGUACAGGGCAGUGACUUUCAACCUGUGGGCCGUUGGCAGUAUUGACGGUUUUUGUUUUAAACGCAAAUAUUGAGUAAUAUAUAGAAUUCUAUAUAGAAGUUUAAUCAAAUGUAUUUUUGAAUAUGGCAAAUGUUAGUGUUGUAAUAAUUAUUUGCAAAAAAUAAAAAGCAUAGUUAGGUUGAGCUCGCUGA